CUGAGGCUUUCGUUUUCCAUUUCCCAGCUGGGUACUUCAGGCCAGAGUCUGCUUAUCCUUAUGACUCACAGGUGCAGCUGGAGUCUGUAUCCACACAGCGAAGGCCGGCUGGGUCCUGUGCAAACUCGAGAGCAGAUACUUCGUCAAGGGAGCCACUUGGUAUCUCCAGGACACAGCAGGCAGAGGAGACCUGCAUCGCCUGCUGGCUGACGAUGGAGCCUGGGAGGCAUAGAGCAGCUGCCCUGCACAAAGCACUGAGGGAUCUGAUAGAGCUCUUGGCCGUAGCAGAGAAAGCUUGUCUUCAAAGAGACCCGAAGGGCAGGAAUAAGUUUUUGAAAGCAUUUCCUCGCUUGAAGGCAGAAGCAGAGGAACACAUCGCCCACCUGCACACCCUGGCUGACCGCGCUGAGGAGCUGCACAGGGGCUGCGCCAUCUCCAACGUGGUGGCUGACUCCUUCAGCACCGCCUCCGACAUCCUGGGCCUCCUCGGUCUGUUUCUGGCACCAGUGACGGCAGAAGGCAGUCUUGUGCUCUCAGCAACUGGGUUGGGGCUGGGGGUGGCAGCUGCUUUGACUAAUGUUGCCACUUCAGUCGUAGAGGAAAGAGGCAGGUUUCUGGAUGAAGGAGAAGCCGGUUGCCAUGCUUCAGCUGGCACGGAAGGGCUGGAGUCUGGAAGCACCAUGGCAAGGAUAGCCAGCAAUGUCCCUCAGGCUACCAGAGAUAUCGCAAGAGACCUGAGAACCCUCGAACAGCACAUGGACGCCCUAAGGAUGGUUAGAGCCAACCCUCGCCUAGAAGAAGAUGCCAGGAUCCACACCACCACGGGAAACAUCCCUGCCCAACGGGCUAGAAGGGUGCAGACCGCCUUGAAAGGAACCCCUCUGGCUAUGAGCAGUGAAGCCCGGAUCCACAGCGCCACCACUGCAGGUGUCUCUCUCUUGAGAGACGUUGACAGCCUUGUGAACAAGUCAAAGCAUUUGUAUGAAGGGGCCCGGUCAGAGUCAGCUGAGGCACUACGGAGGCUUGCCCGAGAGAUGGAGGAGAAGCUGGGGGAGCUUGCCAAAUUCUACAAGAAGCUCUGAUCAGGCUGCAGUCCGUUGCCCCAUCCCCAGGACAUGCAGAGGUCAGG